CUUCCCCUCUCCCUCCACAACGGUUCCCCUCGACAGCCAUGCUCGCCACUGCUUUCCUCACCAUUAUCUCUCUUGCCCUCCUCGCUCGCUCCCAGAUUUUCACGCCCUCCUCCGCGGUGCAGUGCGAACCUGUCCUCGUUACCUGGACGGCCACAAAUAGCCCCCCCUACAUCAUCUCAGUUAUUCCAGGUGGACAAGUCGGCGCGGCCGCCAUUGAGAAUAUUGGAACUUUUACUAGCACCAGCGUCACCUGGUCAGUCGAUAUUCCGGCCGGCACGUCUCUUACUUUGCAGCUCCGUGAUGGAACCGGCCAGCCUCUCUACUCCGCUCCCUUCACGGUUCAGACUUCUUCGGAUGCCACAUGCAUAGGCACGAACGCGGGCUAUGUUGGUGGUGCGGGGCUUCCAGCACCGCACGGUAGCAGCUCUGCAUCUGCCGCGUCCUCUUCAGGAACCACAUCGGGUUCUGCCUCUUCUGGAUCUUCUUCGUCUGCUACCACCACCACGUCCGCUAGCUCUGCAGGCACUACUACUACCUCCACUUCCGUAGCUUCCACAAGCUCGUCUACGUCAUCUUCUAGUCAUUCAAGCUCUUCCACCGGCUCUAUCAGCCAUACCUCGUCAUCAACUGCGGCCACAUCUGCCUCUGCCAGCCCCAGCAGCGCAGCCAUGGCCAUGGCCCCACUCGAUUUCAGCAUGGCUGCUGUUGCCGGUCUGCUGGGUUCUCUCCUCUUUGCUUGAAGUUCCUCGUAACCGUAGCCAAGAAAGUGCACUCUGGGUUUAUCAAAGCACUGGGGCCUGCCGGUGAACAAUGUCCAUAGUAUCUUUUUCUUUCUCUCUGGACGACUUCCUCUGAGUCGUAGGCUGAUAUUCACAUCACGCACGGACUGUAUUGAACCUCAGGAACCUUCAAGUUACUUAGCUCGUACAUCAAAAUUGUGUGUUGUUCUCUC